AGAGAGAGAGAGAGAGAGAGAGAGCGAUCUGCUGCAGAGACAAAAGACAAGAGGGGGGACGGACCGGGACAAAGACAGCCAGACGGAGAGUAGGACAGACAGACGGACAAAGCGGGGGACAGACGGACACAGAGACCGGGAGGAUGGGCAGGCAGAGCGACCGUCGGUAGCGCUCUGUGUUCGGGCACGGAGCUCCAGGAUGAGCGUAGCGCUGCAGGACCUCCGGAACACCAUGUCCAGCUAUAAGCGAGCUACUUUGGAGGAGGAGGAAGUUUCCGAUGCUCCAGCUGAUGCAGCUUCGUCUCCUGACGGAGUGGAGGUGGGCUUCAGAAAAGGGGGCGUGGACAUCCUGGGCAGGAGGACACAGCUGGAGGUCAUCCUAUCUGUCCUGCUGCUCGCCACCCUGCUCGCUCUGACGGCGUGUCUGCUGGUGCUGGGACUGAGCUUUAGUUCAGACAGUGGGCGUGGCCUGUGCCUGUCAGAGGCGUGCAUCACAGUGGCCAGUCAGAUAGUGGAGGCAAUGGACCGCAGCGUCGACCCCUGUCACGACUUCUACCAGUUCGCCUGCGGUGGCUGGAUGAGGAAGAACCCACUGCCAGACGGACGCUCACGCUGGUCCACGUUCAACAGCAUCUGGGAACAGAACCAAGCGCUCCUCAAACACCUGCUGGAGAAUGGCACGUUUAACGGCAGCAGCGAAGCGGAGAAGAAGACUCAGUCCUACUACUUGUCGUGUCUCAACACACCGAGGAUCGAAGAGCUGGGAGCUCAGCCUCUCACAGACCUCAUCGCCAAGAUUGGCGGCUGGAACAUGACGGGUCCCUGGGACAAAGACAACUUCAUGGAGGUUCUGAAGGUAGUUUCUGGUCCAUACAGAGCUCAGCCUUUCUUCAGCGUUGGAGUCAGUGCUGACCCGAAAAACUCUAACAGCAACAUCAUCCAAGUGGACCAAUCAGGGCUCUUCCUGCCAUCCAGGGACUAUUACCUCAAUAAGACAGCCAAUGAGAAGGUGCUGGUGGCGUACCUGGAGUACAUGGUGGAGCUGGGGAUGCUGCUGGGUGGGGAGAGGAGCACCACCCAGCACCAGAUGCAACAGAUUCUUGACUUUGAAACAGCGCUCGCUAACAUCACCGUCCCGCAAGACCAGCGGCGGGAUGAAGAGAAGAUCUACCACAAGGUUACCAUCUCUGAACUGCAGCUCCUGGCUCCAUCCGUGGACUGGUUGGACUUCCUGCUGUCCUCGCUGUCCCCAUUGGAGCUGAACGACACCGAACACGUUGUCCUGUAUGCCAAAGAGUACCUGCAGCAGGUGUCAGACCUCAUCAACAAGACAGAACGCAGUCUGUUGAAUAACUACAUGAUAUGGACGCUGGUUCAGAAGAGUGUGACCAGUCUAGAUCAGCGCUUCGAGAACGCUCAGGACAAACUGCUGGAGAGUCUCUUUGGAACCAAGAAGCAGCAGUCCUGCACGCCACGCUGGCAGACCUGUAUUGGGAACACUGACGACACACUGGGCUUCGCUCUUGGAGCGCUCUUUGUUAAGGCGACAUUCGACAAACACAGCAAAGACAUUGCUGAGGAGAUGAUCAACGAGAUCCGCUCAGCAUUUAAAGAAGCUCUGGACCGACUAAGUUGGAUGGACGACCAAACCAGACAGGCUGCAAAAGACAAGGCAGAUGCGAUCUAUGAUAUGAUCGGAUUCCCAGAAUUCAUCCUGGACCCCAAAGAGUUGGACGAUGUUUAUGACGGGUAUGAAGUGUCAGACGACAGCUUCUUCCAGAACAUGAUGAGCUUCUACAACUUUUCAGCGCGAGUGAUGGCCGACCAGCUGAGAAAGACACCCAACAAAGACCAGUGGAGUAUGACACCUCCUACAGUUAACGCCUACUACAUGCCCACAAAAAAUGGCAUAGUCUUUCCUGCUGGAAUCCUUCAAGCUCCGUUCUAUGCCCACAACCAUCCCAAGUCACUGAACUUUGGUGGGAUCGGAGUGGUGAUGGGUCACGAGCUUACUCACGCCUUUGACGAUCAGGGUCGUGAGUAUGAUAAAGAGGGAAACUUGAGGCCAUGGUGGCAGAACUCGUCUGUGGAGGCAUUUCGUCAGAGGACAGAGUGUAUGGUGGACCAGUAUAGCCACUACACUGUCAAUGGAGAACAUAUUAAUGGAAAACAGACACUGGGAGAAAAUAUUGCUGACAACGGAGGCCUGAAGGCUGCAUACCAUGCCUAUCAGUCAUGGGUCCAGAAAAAUGGAGACGAAAAGAGACUUCCUGCUGUCAACCUGACCAAUGACCAGCUCUUCUUUGUGGGAUUUGCCCAGGUGUGGUGUUCAGUUCGGACACCCGAGAGUGCUCAUGAGAGCCUGGUGACCGAUCCUCACAGCCCUCCCAGGUACAGAGUCAUUGGCACACUUGCCAACUCCCCAGACUUCAGUCGACACUUCAACUGUCCCACGGGGACACCAAUGAACACUGGGAGACGCUGUGUGGUCUGGUAGACAGACUGAGGCUGUCUGGAAUCUGUCAUCGAUCAACAGGUUAUUUAUCAGGAGUUGUACAGGGGGAUACUCAGUGGACUUCACACAGGGACAUGAAGGACUGAUGACGACAAAGAAGCCACGUGAGGAGUUGCUGAUUUCUGCUUCAUCACUGUUAUUGUUUUCGUUAUUAUUAGUGGGCUGUGGUGUGUGUGUGUGUGUGUGUGUGUGUGUGUGUGUGUUUGUGGUUGUGUUUGUGUUUGUGUUUGUGUGUGCGCGUGCGUGUGCGUGUGUCUGUGUGUUGUCAAACAUGAAAGUCUCUCCGAUCUGAUAACAUCACUGUGAUGACAUCUUAGAAAGUUUAAUUAUUACAUCAUAGAUUGUGGUCCUGGAUAUGAUUAUGGUAUGGAUCUAGACUUCUCCAUCGGUUAUUCCAAGAAUUAUUCCAGUUCUCUGAAACAUGAGUGAGGCAGUGAGAUAUUAUGAUGAAUGUUGAAAGAGAACUGUCAGAAAAUGGACCUAGAUUUGUCCUUUCAGAAAGCUCUGCAGGCUUACCUGAGGCGUGGGGCACUUUUUGAGGUGUAGCGAUGAUUAGUUUUGUUUUUGUGACUGAAGUUAAACACUGGAACUUUCCAAAGUGGAUCAUUUCAGAGCAAUGGAAAACAUAAUUUAUGGUGACGACAUCACACCAGAGGCAAAGGGUAUUAUUUUCCUGUGAUGAGAUUUGAUACAAAGUCAGUACAAAGUUAACACAAAUGAUCCUGUGUCCGUACUUUUUAAUAAUUUGUGAAAAGUCACGUUAAAUGUUAGUGUACCAUGAGACACAUUUGAAGGUGUGAAGUCAAACCUCAGCCAAUAAGAAUCCAGCUGCACUGCUGCCAUGUGCCUUGUUCCAUGUUUUUAAGUCACUUCUCUCCUUUUUAAACACCAUUUCCCAUAAUUGUCAGAUGCUCUGAGCUCAUGUUGCCUUCAAAUUCACAAGAAUACAUCCAUCAUGUGGCAUUCACAAAAGCUCAGACUUCAUGAGUUGUGGCCCGUUUGCUGACGUUGUCAGAAAUGAUAGAUGUAUUCCCUCUAACUUUUAUACGAGCCUGCUAAAUUGUUAGUCAAAGUCUUUUCUCCUUUGCCCGGUCCCGACUUCAAAUGUUUCAACUGAAGCCAACAACAUGUCUUCAUGGAUGGGAUUAGCAAGAUCUGCGUCACCUGGCACAUUUAACAUGACUAACAUGACAUUUGGGUCAAGUCCUGUCUUUGCACUGACUUUGUGUGUAAUCACAUUGUGCAAAACAAUUUCAUUGUACAAUAAAUAUGGGACGUUUUGACUGAGAAAGUGCAAACCUCCACUGAGGCUGUUCAGUUUCUGUCUGUGUUAAUACUCUCUAAAAAGACAUUCUCAUCUAAAUUGGCAGUUGGUGAAGGAGGCACUGCAUCUCCACCAAAAUCACAUCAUCAUUUCUUCCUCAGGCCAUCGCAUGCAUCCCCAGAAAAUUCAUCAAAAUGUAUUUUAAACUUUGAGUCAUGCUGCUCACAGACAAACUCGAUCAAAUCCUAACCUCAAAAAACAAACAAAUAGCUAUACAAUAUAAACAGGACUGAAUUUCAAUGUAAAGUUUCAUUUCAGUUGAUUAAUAAACUGAAGUUGUAAUAGAUUAACUUUUUUAAAUUUGAUCAAAACGUAACUUUUUUAAACAUUAACCUCAAAGUGAUUAACCAAAAAUGUGGACGUGUUUUAUUCUGAGAUCAUUAGUUUGUGUGCACAUCAAACCUACUGUAACCACCACUAUACUAGUCUUAUCAUGUUAACCAGGAACAA